CCCCGCCCCGGCCAGCCGGGUCCAUCCGCCGCCAUCCUCCGUCCGUCCGUCUCCCCCCCGGCCAUCCUCCGCCCUCCGUCCACCGCAGGCGGGGGAGGGGCCGGGUGGCCGCCGUUGACCCGCCCCCCCCGGCCGCCACGCGCUCCCCGAAAGCGGGCGGCGGGCCCUCCGCCCGGCUUCCGGACAUGGACCCGGCCCGGCCCCCGGCCCCGGCCCCCAGGCGGAGGCUCCUUCCCUCCUGGAUGACCUCCGGGCCCCCCGAAGGCAAGGCCGAAGAGGACGCCGCCGUCGUCGCCGCCCCGGCGGAGGAGAGCCUCGGCGAGGCCCGGACCGUGUACUGCAUGAACGAGGCCGAGCUGGUGGAAGCGGCUCUGGAGAUCCUGACGGAGAGCCAGGAGCGGGAAAGGCCCCCGGAGCCGCCGUCCCCGGCUGGAAGCGAAAGCCCCCGGCUCCCGUCCGCCCAGCCGGAGUCUCCGUGGAGCCCCGAGGGCAGCGGCGACGCCAGCCCCGACACGGACCUCGCCCCCCGGGGCCCGGUGGGCUCCCAAGAGGAGGAGGAGGAGGAGAAGGAAGAGGACGAAGAGGACGACAUGAAAUACGUCAGGGAGAUAUUUUUCAGCUGACGCAAGGGGACGUGAUGCCAAGGCCUCGCUCUCCGGAGAGGCCCAAAACCUGGGCUUCUGGGUAGACCCUGUUGGUUAAGGAUGGGAGUGGCCGACACCCCCAUCCGACGUCCUGGGGGUGAGCCGGGCUACCCGAAGAUCCAUUCCCUCUUCCGCCGACAGUGCCUCAGCCGAGGCCAGACCGAGACCAGGGCGGGAAUCGGGAGGGGAGGGGGUGACCCGGGACGGGAAACGGGUUCCCUUGGGCCGGGGCAGGGACCCUCGAGGCAGGCGAAAGCAGGCCGAGGAGGAAAAGUGUGUUUGCGGAGGGUCAGGGCCCGGCUGGGCCGCAGGAGUGGGGCACUAGCAGCUUAGGAAGGGAGAGGGAAGGACCGGAAUGUCAGCUCCGGCCACGUGCUGAUGGGGGGGAGGUCACGUAUGCGCCCUGCUGUCGGUCCCUCCUCUCCCAGGAAUGGAUUUGUCAUCUUUUCUCCUCAGCUCCUUCCCGGGAGCAGCGUGAGUGUGGGGUACCAACCCCCGCCCCCCCCCCCCAUCGGGACCCCCGCGGGUGGAAGGGUUUGCUGGGCGGAGCCCCCGGGAGGCGGACGCCGAGGUGCGGGUGGAUACAGGUCGCCCCAGCCGGGGAGGCUUUGACGCGAGGGCCCCUUCCUCCCCGCCGCGCCGCCAAGCAGGAAAGGAAUCGGCCGGCACCGCGGAGGACGGCCUAGGCCACGGUUUAUUGCCUCCCGAGCGCCGAGCGGGCCGUCCCCCGAGCGGAGGGCGGCCAAGUCCGCGUGGGCCGCGGAUGGGUCCAAGUCGGUUCUCUCGGGCCGGGCGUCCCUCCGGAAGCGGGGAGCGGUUUGGAUUCGGAAAGUGCGGUGCGCGUCUUUAAUACAUAACGGAAGGCAGG